ACAUCCAAACGUCCCAAAGUCCUCCUUCAGUCUUCAUCGAUUUUCCAAGGGGGGGUGCUGCUCCUGCCUCGCUGACUAAGUAAGCCGGCGUAUAAAUACAGCAGGAAAAACGCAGCAAUGCCCACACCACCCAUUCACCAUUCACCAUAGACAUGAUAGGGACCCGCAGAAGAGCUCUGGAAACACGGACUAUCCGGCCGCAGUCCACCAAUAUGCGCUCCUGGACUAAAAGCAGUCCUCUGCCUUUCAAAAGAUCCACAAAUGUGGCCGCAUCAAGGGUUGCGUUCAGCCACGCCGUGCUCCCGUCUCCGGAAGGGUUCGAGUUGAGCGCGGCGCUCAGUGGAGAUCCGGUGCGCAGUAACGAGAAGGAGCAGCUCCAGGGGCUCAACGACCGCUUCGCCAGCUACAUUGACAAGGUUCGCUUCCUCGAGGAGCAAAACAAGCAGCUGGAGGCUGAGAUCCAAGCGCUAAAGCAGCAGAACUUGUCACAGUCCCUGCAAAGCGACGCGUACGACCGCGAGCUCCAAGACCUGCGCAGCGCCCUGGAGCAGCUCCACAAGGAGAAGGCGCAGAUGCUGCUCGACACAGACCACAUGGAUGAGGAUCUGCAGCGGCUCCGAGAGCGCUACGAAGAUGAAGCCAGGCUCCGAGAGCACAUCGAGUCAGCGAUCCGGGGAAUGAAGAAAGACAAAGACGGCUCGCAUCUGAUGAAACUGGAGCUGGAAAGGAAAGUUCAGGCGCUCGUGGAAGAAAUGGACUUCUUGCGGCAGAACCACGAGGAGGAGAUCAGCGAGCUUCUGGCUCAGCUUCAAGCCGCGCAGGUGCCGGUGAUGGAGAUGAGGGACCUCCAGACGACCGACAUCACCUCUGCGCUCCGGGAGAUCCGCGCGCAGCUGGACGGGCUCUCCUCCAAGAACCUCCAGCAGGCUGAAGACGUGUUCAAGUGCCGCUACGCCAUGCUGACGGACGCCGCGGAUCACAACAAGGAUGCUAUAAAGUCCAUACGGGACGAGAUCGCAGACUACCGCCGUCAGAUCCAAGCCAAGAACAUUGAGCUGGAGGCUCUUCGUGGCACCAAAGAUUCAUUGGAAAGGCAGCUGCAUGAUGUCGAAGACCGCCACAACAACGACGUUGCUAGUUAUCAGGAAAUGAUUCACCAACUGGAAAAUGAUCUGAAGGGAACAAAAUGGGAAAUGACUCGUCAUCUUCGAGAAUACCAGGAUCUGCUUAAUGUCAAGAUGGCACUGGAUGCUGAAAUAGCAGCUUACAGGAAACUGCUGGAGGGUGAGGAGACACGCUUCCAUGCGGUCUCUGGGAGUAUUCCAAGCCAUGCUUUUGCUUACAGCCAGCCUAAAAUCUCGAAAGUCAAACAUAAAAUAGUGGAGGAGAUCAUUGAGGAGACCAAAGGAGAGAGCGACCUCGAUGAUGAUCUGGCAGAGGUGGCUAAAGAAGUGGCGGAAGAAGCUGGUGAGGGUGAAGAGGAGGAAAAGGAGGAAGAAAUUGUCACUGCCCAUGAGGCCAAAGUGAGUUCUGCUGCUCCUGAGGGCGAAGAAGAGGAAGAGGCAGAAGGAGGAGAAGAGGAAGAAGCAGCAGAAGAGGGAGAAGCAGCAGAAGAGGGAGAAGCUACUGAGGAGGAAGAGAAAGAAGAGGAAGCAGAAGAAGGUGAGGAGGAAGAGAAAGAAGAGGAAGCAGAAGAAGGUGAGGAGGAAGAGGAGCAACAAGUGGAAGUGAUUGAGGAGACAGAACUGUCCGGUGAUAAAUCUCCAACAGGAAGUGAAGGAAAGAAAGAGGAGGAGGAGGAGGAGGGUGAAGAACAAGAGGCAGAAAGUAAAGAAGAAACCAAAGAGGAGGAGGAGAAAGAAGAAGCUGAGGAAAAAGAUGAUGAAAAAGAGGAGACCAAAUCCGAAGGAGACGAAGAGAAGAAAGACGAAUCUGGAGGAGAGGAAACGAAGGCUGAUUCAGAGAAGAGUGACAAAAAAAGUGAUUCAGAAGAAGAGCAGAAGAAAUCACCAGAAAAGGAGAAACCAGAAAGCCCAGUAGAAGAAAAGCGGCAAGAAAAAGAAGAAGUUGUUCCCAACGGAGAGCAGACGAGCCCGGCCAAAGAAGAAGCCAGUCCGAAAGAAGAGCUCCAAACCAGAAUAGUGGAAACCAUCACCAAUGGAGACAAGGAGAGCAAACCUGACACAGAGAAAGAGAAGAAACCAGAGGAAGAGUCUCAGGAGAAAAAGAAAGUCACCAAAAAAGAGGAGAAAGUCAGUCCCCAAGCAAAGAAGGAAAUCAAAGGAAAAGACUGAUGGAAAUUACUUGGACAGGGAAUUAGAUUUAAUCAAUUGUUAGAAAUAAUUCUAUUUGAUGCAAAUGUCAUUUGAUGCAGCUAGCAUAAUAAUUGCAUGCCUGUUAAUGAUUGACUUGCAUGUGUGGUCUGGAGGGAUGUACUGAACCAUGCUGAGCCCACGCGUCUGAAACAGUAACUAUAGUGCGUUUGAAUUCAAGUACAAGUACAUUUAUGCUGCUAAUGACUUUAACGAUAAGAGAAGUACUUCAGCGGUGGUUUGGCAACAAUGGUGCUACAAUAUCAUGAUUCGCAGGUGCACUUUGAGCUGAAUCUCCAUUUCAUUAUUUCAAAUGAUAUGUCUUUCUAAUAUACUUCUUGCCUUAAGAUAUAAUGCACUGACUCAAUGAUAAGACUCGGUUUGCUAACAUGAAACACAACAGCUGUUAACAAUAAUACUGUGAAAGCUAAAGGUGCUGCUCUUUGCAAUAUCACCACAAUCAAUAAAAGCUCAAGUCCAUACAA